GGUUGACAAUAUUACGCCGGCUUACAGAUGCGGUGAAGCCAAACAUACCUGAAAAUCCAGGCUGUGUGUGGCAUCAAUAGUUAAAAAUAGCUAAAAUGAAAAUUAUUCCUACCCAACUGUUAUGAAUAAAAGUCUCAUUUUAUUACCAUACAGAAUUAAUCUCCAACAUGACAGAUCAAGUGACAUGUUGACAUGUGUUAUUUGGAGAUAGCUUUAAGAAAUGGGUGCGGGUGAGUGGGACAAAAUGCUACCAGAACCAGAACUUCUUGGGAGAUACUUCCAUGAACAGUUCAAAGUUUUACCUGAUCACCAAAGGAGAAAAGCGGAAUGGAAGAAAGGGAAAACUGCAAAACUGUCGAAAGGAAAAGAGAAAAGGAAAGUCAAAGUAGAACCUUGUGGAGAAAUUACAAAUCUGUCAAAUCCACCAGACGUUGAAUUACCAACCAACGCAUCAAGUUUCGCCGUAUUCGCCAAUGUUCGGCAAGCGGUGCUGGAGCGAUGGGUUAAACAAGCCUGUCAGAUUUACUUAUCUUCUUCGUCCAGUGUUCCCGCAACCGAUGGGAACAAUGAUGUUGAAAGUGACAGUGAAGAUAACACAGACAAAGUCAGGGAUAACAUCUUGAAAGUUCCAAAGAUAGUUGGUGUUGGCCUAAGAAGUGUGUUUGAAUUAAUUCGAGAGAGUCGGUCGUCACAUCCUGUGCUUUGCACCAAAGCACUUGGUGCUCUACUAGAUGUUGUUCAGGGCCAGCAACCUGAGGGUCUAAAGAAUGAACCAGCUGAAGUGAUUGAACCACUGUUUGAUCUGUUACUGGAUCUGGCUACUUCGCAUGGGCCAGAAACAGCAGCUGUUGAUGAUGGGAGUCACUUGACAGCAGUGGCCUGUUCAUGCCUUCUAGCCCUUGUUGUUGUUCGUGGUGACACAGGACGUCUUCUCAAUGCAACUGCUGCUCUUCUAAUGUCACCACGUGCAUUAGCACUGCAGAAUAUUCAUAUGCCAGCAGUGUUAACAGCACUUCAGAGGAGUGUCCACGGGGUUUUGCUUGGUAAACUUGUUCGACCAGAUUGGAUUUCCCACGGUGUUCCUAAAACAUCAAGAAUUGAUUCAUUUCAUGUCAAGAUUGGCACAGAUAUUCACAGCAGUCAGACCACAAAAUCACUGGCAAGUGAUGGACAAUAUUUAUACUUAUAUACGUCAAAAGGUCUUUUCAAGAUAGGCUCUGGUUAUGGUGGAACUGUAAAGGCUAACAUAUACAUUCACAAAUCAGAUUUCUUUAUUGAUGAAAAAGGAUGGCUAGGAUUUGCUUAUGGAAUGCUGUACUUCAAAUUUGUUGGUAAAAAAGGCUGUGAGUUACUGCUUAUGGACAGAGAAUCAUUGAAAGUCAUGGAUAUUGUUUCCCUGGAAGGGAAAGAUUGUGGUUCUUGCGUAAUGUUUUCUGAUGGAGAAAAUCUUGGAAUGAUUACAGCAGCAAAAGAUGAUGGUUUUGUUGUUCGUACAAUAAAUCCUACCAGUUCACCCGUUGUGUCAGUCAAUGAACUUCCCCUUAAGUUAGCAAGAAAAUGUGUUGAUGUUUUUGGAUAUGCUACAUUUGAUGAAGAAACCAUGAUACACACUGUACAGAUUGGCUAUGAUGAAGAAAUAGCUGUGAUUGCUGCAGGGAAGGAUUUUGGUUUAAUAAGAACUAACUCAGGAAAGGUCUUUUAUUGUGGCAAAUCAGCAAGUCUAGGAAUCAAACAAGGAGGCCUCAGAAAUGGCAAAUGGGCUGAACUACCAAUCACUAAGUCUCCUAAAAUAACCCACUUUGCUGUUGGUCAUGAAGGUCUUCAUGCAGUGCUGAUCUCUGAAGAUGGAUCUGUGUUUUUUGUCGGAACAGCAAGAAGAGGAGAAGAUGGCGAUCAGAGUAAAGCCCGUAGGCAGCCAAAACCUGUAAAGCCAAAGAAAAUGGUUAAAGUAGAGGGCCAAGUUAUUGUACAUGCUGCAUGUAAUAAUGGCACCACAGCUCUUGUUACAAGGGAAGGGGAACUGCUUAUGUUCGGCAAAGAUACAGCUCACUGUGAUCCUGCUACAGGACUUGUGACAGAACUGAAGGAUGUGCACGUAACUCAAGUGGCCUUAGGUAAAGCACAUGCUGUUGUAUUAACAAACAAAGGCCACAUUUACACAUUUGGAAUAAAUAACAAAGGCCAGUGUGGUCGCGAUUUUGCUGCCCAAGUUAAGGAAGUUCCAAUGGUGACAGCUAUGGAGACAGCAGCAGAAGAGGAAGUGGAUGAAGAUGAUCUGGAUUGGGAAGAUGCACAAGAGUUAAUGUGCCCUCCAGGUACACACAAAUGGAAACAUGAUCAGUGCAUGGUAUGCACAGUGUGCCGUGAAUGUACUGGGUACAGCAUCAGCUGUUUGAGCAGCAUACGGCCUGACCGUAAUCCUGGACAAGAAUGUGGUUGUGGUGAGGGAGACUCAGGUUGUGCUGAAUGUGGCUGUUGCCGCAUAUGUGCGCGAGAGAAUGUGGACAAUUCAGAACUAGCCAUCCUAGGUCCAAGUGGAGCAGGCGAUCUAGCUGCAGGUCGACAAGGAGUGCAACUGCAGCAGCGUUUAGAAGAACGUCGUCGACGGCAAAGGAGUAAACAAUCUGGCAAACAGCAUGGAUUGGUCUCUAGUUCAGCAAGCAGUUCUCGCACGAAAGGUUUAGGCUCAAGAGUAUCCCCCGGCCCAUCUGUCUCUGUUUCUCCAGCUGGGCUUAGAACUACCCAUGCAUCAAUUGCAGGUGAAGAACAAGCUGGAGGAAGUGAUGCAGAACGAGAAGCAACUCGCACAGCGCAACUGUUUCCAGCUCGUGUUGUUCUACCUUCCAGUCAUGGAACAUCAGCUGUUGCACAGGUCAGCUGUGGUCUACACCACACAGUACUGCUGCUCUCAGGAGGUGAGGUACUGACAUUUGGCAGCAAUACCAGUGGUCAACUAGGCCUAGCAGACUUGACUCCACGAGGGGUGCCAACAAGAGUGAAGCUUCCUCACACCGCAGUCCAGGUUGCGGCAGGCAGCAGCCAUACUGUCAUUCUCUCUUCAAGAGGAGAGGUCUAUACAUUUGGUAGUUUCCAGGCUCUUGGGGCAGGGGGCGGUGGUGGUUGUUUUGAUGUGAUUCCCAGCAAUGUGUGCCUCUACAGAUCAGCUGAUGGCAUAUGUGUCACAGGUAAUUGUGAACAUCUUGUGUCCUCUGAAGAUAAGAUUAUUUUUUCAGAAUUUAAAAGGUUCCUUUGUUCCAAAAUACAAAUGAAAAAUGUGUUGUUUCAUGAUACAUUUGCAUUGCUGCUCAAAAGUAACUUCUCUAAUGAACCAAUUGAGAAUGUCAUUAGAGCACAACAGCUUAAUAAAAGGAUUAAAGAGAAAAGGGACUGUCUAGAGCAGUUUGAUACUAUAAAAUUAUAA